AGUCUGGCGAGACAUCGUUCGAUUGGUUCAAACCAUACGCAGAUGUAGCGGACAUCCUCAGAGAGCUCAUACCUGACAAGAAUGCGAGAAUCCUAAUGCUAGGGUGUGGUAACUCGAAGCUGUCUGAAGAGAUGUAUGACGAUGGCUAUGAAAACAUUGUCAACACCGACUACUCCAGCGUGGUGGUCGAGCAGAUGAAGCGCAAACAUGCUGAGGCUCGGUCCGAGAUGGAAUGGCAUGAAAUGGACAUCCGGGCUCUCUCAUUUGAUUCGGACUCGUUCGACGUUGCGAUCGACAAAGGGACCAUGGAUGCGAUGAUGACUGCCAAAGGGGACGUCUGGGAUCCUCCAGAAGAAGUCAUCCAAAACUGCAAUCGCGAAGUCGACGAAGUCCUCCGCGUUCUCCGAAAACCCGGCGGCCUCUUCAUCUACCUCACCUUCGGCCAGCCGCACUUCCGCAAACGGUACCUAACCCGCCCUGGUACGACUCUCGAAGUCCGCGCGCUGGGCGAGGCGUUCCACUAUUACCUGUACAUCUUGCGGACGUGACCGCCAACCUGGUGCA